GGGAGGCCCAGCGUGCGUCAUGCGCAGGGUCAACAGUGCGCGCUGGGGUUGGAUUGUCGAUCGCCGACGGGAAGCUUGCGCGUGGGCCUGCAUUUGCGCCCGCGUCUAGCGCAGCUCAUCGCCUGGGAGAGCUUCAACAUGUCUGUGUCGAGCGCUGAUGAGACCGUCAAUCCCGAAGCCCAUUGUCGUCCUGUCCGACUUCCUGACCGUCCUUCAUUCCUCUCCCACUCGCUCCUCCCUCUCACACCUUCCAUUACACCUACACAUCUAAUUCCGGCAACUCGCUCCAGCGCAAGUGCAGCCGCAGGACCUUCUUCAGCCUCGAGCUUUCUGAAGAAAUUCACUUAACAACAAUCUCACGAACACCACCACAAUGUCUGCGAAGCCAAUCACAGAAGCAGAUGGCAAGGCCAUUCUGAACUACCACUUGACCCGCGCGCCUGUCAUUAAGCCAACUCCUCUCCCACCUUCAUCAACGCACAACCCACCAGCCAAACUUGCCACAAUAACUUUUGCCGAUGGCGACGAUGUCAACGGUGUUCUGGACGCUGCUGAGGCUAAAUACCCAUUCCUCCUCCAGCAAGGCGCCAAGUUCGUCGCAAAGCCAGAUCAAUUGAUCAAGCGACGAGGCAAGUCGGGACUUCUCAAGCUCAAUGCUACUUGGGCAGAGGCGAAGGAGUGGAUCGCAGCACGCGCAAACAAGAUCCAAAAGGUCGAGCACAUUGAGGGUGCUUUGAGGAAUUUUCUCGUCGAGCCCUUCGUGCCCCACCCUCAAGAAACCGAGUACUACAUCAACAUCAACUCCGCUCGUGAGGGUGACUGGAUCCUCUUCUACCACGAGGGUGGUGUUGAUGUGGGAGACGUCGACGAGAAGGCUGCUAAGCUGCUCAUUCCAGUCGACCUCAAGGAAUACCCAAGCAACGAGGAGAUCGCCAAGGCGCUCCUCCCUAAUGUGCCAAAGGGUGUCCACCCAGUCCUCAUUGACUUCAUUUCACGACUGUACGCCGUCUACGUCGACUGCCAAUUCACGUACCUCGAAAUCAACCCGCUCGUCGUCAUUCCCAACGCCGAGGGAACCUCCGCCGAUGUCCACUUCCUCGAUCUCGCAGCAAAGAUCGACCAGACCGCAGAGUUUGAGUGCGGUGUCAAGUGGGCUGUUGCACGCGCCCCAGCAGCUCUUGGUAUUCCAGUCGCGAACACUGGCUCCAGCAAGGUCUCGAUCGAUGCUGGCCCACCGCUUGAGUUCCCCGCUCCUUUCGGUCGUGAGAUGAGCAAAGAGGAGGCAUACAUUGCAGAGAUGGACGCAAAGACCGGUGCCUCGCUCAAGCUCACCAUCCUCAACUCACAAGGACGUGUGUGGACACUUGUCGCUGGUGGUGGUGCCUCCGUGGUCUACGCUGAUGCCAUUGCAUCUGCUGGCUUCGCUGGUGAGCUCGCCAACUACGGAGAGUACUCUGGUGCUCCAACCGAGACACAAACCUUCCACUACGCACGCACAGUCCUCGACCUCAUGCUGCGAGCACCACAACACCCAGAGGGCAAGGUCCUCUUCAUCGGUGGUGGUAUCGCUAACUUUACCAACGUCGCCAGCACAUUCAAGGGUGUCAUCCGCGCACUCCGUGAAGUCGCACCUCUUCUCAACGAGCACAAGGUCCAGAUCUGGGUGCGUCGUGCUGGUCCCAACUACCAGGAAGGUCUCAAGAACAUCAAGGCCGUGUUCAAGGAGCUCGACUUGAACGGCCACGUUUUCGGCCCCGAGAUGCACGUGUCGGGUAUUGUCCCACUUGCGCUUAUUCCUGGCAAGUACCACGAGGGCAUCAAGGAGUUCGAGGGUUAAACAGCUCAACUUCGUUCCUCGUACUUGUAUGAUGCUUGAUGCUGGAGUUCGGAUGAAAGAAGCGACCCGGUCGCGGUUAUUGCUGUGGGAAUACAAAAAUGCUUCGUAUGAAUGACACGCCGGAUGAGUACGGACGACACAGGCGCACCCUUUGCGUUGCGCUGGGAGCAUUGCACAGGAGUAUAUAGACUUUUGUACGCGGAUACCACUUGCUUGCUCUGAUGCUUCUUUCGUGCCUCACCAGUACUCAUCCAUUAAUAUAUAUUGGAAGAUGUGAAGGAAGUUAUUGCAGCACACUCGCAGCACUAUAUGCAACGUUGCCAC